AAAAACCACAGCCAGAAGGGUUUCGCUUUUUCAGUAAUAGCAGAGUAAUACUUUACAGCUUGUUGUUGGAUCAGCGGGUUGCGUAACGGUGAUGCGUAAAAUCCAAAAGAGAUAAAGCUUAACCACGCGUAUAUAGAGUAGUAGUUAUUUUUUUCUAAGGGAAAACUUUUGGUUGGAGGUUGUUUUGAACAAGCAGAACUUUAAAGUGGUCUUGAACUCGGCUGGACAUGGCAGAGGGAGACUUCUACACGAUGGGGAACCGGCAGAGGUUUCCCAGGGAUCCGUUUGGAGAGUCACCGUUCAGAGAUCAGUCUCCGUUCAGGGACCAGCUCGCGUCUCGGUUUAUGGACGAUGACUUUGGGAUGUCCCCUUUCCCCGACGACCUGUCAAUGGACUGGCCGGGCUGGGCUCGGCCGGGCCGCCUCAGCACGCGCCUCAGCCCCUCGCCCUUCGGCAGCAGUUUACGCACAGGUUUCCCCCCGCGCCAGUCCGCGGGAGGCCCCACGCUGUACACGAGCAGGUACGGGGAGCCCUCCUCGCGGAGCUCGCCCACCACCACCGGGGGGGAGCCCUGGAAAGUUUGCGUGAACGUCCACAGCUUCAAACCGGAGGAGUUAAACGUGAAAACGAGAGACGGAUUUGUAGAAGUGUCAGGAAAACAUGAAGAGAAGCAGGAAGAAGGCGGCAUAGUGACAAAGAAUUUCACAAAGAAGAUACAGAUCCCGAUAGAUGUGGACCCUCUGACCGUUUUCGCCUCCUUGUCCCCCGAGGGCGUCCUCAUCAUCGAAGCUCGGCAGACGCCUCCCUAUCACCUCUUCAGCAACGAGGGCUCACAGGGUGGAGACGCACAGGAGGUGGAGCCCCUCAAGCCCCAAGAGGCCUCUAUGGUCUAACCCCCACUCCCCCAUGUCCUCACUAACAUAACAAACCAUCCUGCACAGUUGAUUACAAGUUUGAUAAUGACAUGUGUGGCCUUCAGCUUUAUGUUGUUAGACACCUGGAUUGAAAAUGUUUAAAAUAUGUCAGGGGAAGUGUUUGACGUCCUGAUAGAGUGCUGCAGGGAUGAUGUUUAUUUAUAGGCUAACCUAGAAGUUAGCAUCGCCCUGGUUCCCUCAACAAAGAGCCAAUGUGACUUUUUCAUUGGAUUUUAGAUUAUUGCAGGAAAUAAGCUCAGUGGCAAAGAAAAAUUUAUGAAACUUGCACGUUUUGUUUAGCAAAAUAAGCACUCUCCAGAGAAAAUAUGCAGUCUCCAGUCUCACAAAGCUAACUAUACCACAGUCGCCAGGGCCACACCGUCAGGAGAGACAAACCACACGUAUGUUUGGGGCUCCCCUAAAAAGUUGGGAAAGGGCCCCUGAUGGCCACUGAUACUGGUACAUUUUCCAAUGACAACUACAAACCCAGCUGCGCCCCAGUGGUGCAGUGGUUAGCAUUGUCACCUCACAGCAAGAGGGCUCCUUGUUGGUUCGAACACCUUGAGUUUGCAUGUUCUCCCUGUGUCAGCGUGGGUUUUCUCCAGGUACUCCGGCUUCCUCCCACAGUCCAAAGACAUGCAGGUUAACUGGUGACUCUAAAUUGUCCGUAGGUGUGAAUGUGAGUGUGAAUGGUUGUCUGUGUGCUCUCUGUGUCACUUGCGAUAGUCUGGUGACCUGUCCAGGGUGUACCCCGCCUCUCACCCAAGGUCAGCUGGGAUAGGCUCCAGCCCCCCUGCAAACUCAACAGGAUAAAGUGGUUACAGAAAAUGAAUGAAUGAACUACUGUACAAACCCCUUAAACCUCCCAUAAAAGCACUAUACUGUGCACCACUGCCCCAGAACCCUACCAACUGCGACCCCUUGCCAGGUGAAUACAGGUGAAUGUUCAAAGACUGAGGUGUGUUCAGGCGAGCAGUGUUAUUUAUCAUUUUCUGUUUAAUGAUUACGUCUUUUGGGAAAUUGACCAAAUGCAUUUUUGGACUGAAUGCAUUUAAUGGGGUUUUGAGGCCUCGAUGGACAUCUUUGUCCAUGAUUGCUACUGACGGUCGCACAACUUUAAUGUUGCCACUACAAUAAGCCGUGUUCAGCAGGAUGAUAUUCUGUAGUAAGUCUCUUUUAGCCACUCAUUAGCAACUGCCUUUUUUGAGACAAUACAAAAGCUUUGAAAUUAACAAGUGGGGCAUUUACAUGUAACUGAAAACCCCAUUUUAAAAAAAUCAGCCUUGAGAAGAGGGAACUGGAAGUGGAAAAAAUGCUGACUCAUUUCUGGGUUUUAGGAUUCGUUCCUGCUGCACUCUAUGAAAGCUGCACAAGAAAAGUUUUAUUGUAUGCAAAAGAGCCUCUUCACCGAGGACUUAGCCAUAGAGUCAACAUCAAAUCAAAUAUGCAAUAAAUGAAAACUACAACUGCCUACAUACAUGCCAUUAUACAUGCAGCACAACAUAAAUGGCUGACACUUAACACUCAUCACUCAUGUUGCACUCUAGUUUUCCUUUUUUUUAAAGUAAUGAAAUACAGAGGCAGGACGUUGAUUUUACCCACAGCAGUUUAGGAAUGGGUUCUGCUGAGGUACGGCAACACCACUCGGACAAACCACAUACAGAACUGCAGUACACCAUAAAACUAGAACAGAUAGUGACAACAAUGGUAAUUUGUUUAGCUUGUUUAUAAUCAUGAUGACAUUUGCUAGUGAUUAUUUCACAGUGCAGUUGCGUGUCAUAGCAUAGCAUUUUUUUUUAAAUUAAUCAGUAUAUUUGGGGGGACAUUUUGAGCAUGUUUGAAUAUAUAUAUAUAUAUAUAUAUAUAUAUAUAUGUAUAUAUAUAUAUAUAUAUAUAUAUAUAUAUAUAAAACAGAGGUAUUAUAGAGUUGCCCUGUUGCCCAUAUGAAAUUCAGGUAUGUCACUUCUGCUUCAUGUUAAAUGUAACCCUAAAACACAAAGGUCCAGAAGAACUUGAAACUUAAAAUGUUUUUUUCACUUCCCAUGAUGCAUUUUUUUAAAACAUUAAUACAGACCAGCUGGUUUGAUAAUAAGAUGCCUCAUCAUUUCUGGUAGCUCCAGUUUGUGCCUCUCAUCUAUAACCAUCACAGGUUUAUCUGUAAGUGCAGAGAGCAUUUUUAAAUGUCUGUUUUUUUAUUUUAAAGAUCACAGAUGUUCAAACAGGAGUGCUCCAUGUGUUAACUUGUCUUGUGCAGCUUUAAUAUUAUGUGUGGGUCUAUUGUGAGGUUAGGCGAGAGCUGUUGGGCCACUGAUACAUUAUGAUUUAUAGCAAUAUCCAGUACGUUAAUAUGACACUGUAUGUGAAUCAAAUUUCUAUUUGUAUUUAUAUUAACAUGCAAUUAAUGUAGUGGAACAGACGCAUCAUCAAACGUAUUGUAUGUGAUUUCUUUGGUUUUAAAAAAAUGACAAAUGUGCCUUUAUUCACUUGAGUGCCUUCAGUCCUCCUGUUUAUCUUUUUUUUUUUUUGAGUUAAUGAAUGUCACUUAAACUGACAAGAGACGAAAGUAUGUUACAUUAGAGGGUGAAUUGUGUGCAUUAAUACUGUACUCUACCUAAGUGUAUUGUAAAUAUACUUCAAUAUGUGCCAAUUCAUUAUAAAUAAUAAUCUGAAGUGUUCCAGGUUUUUGCAAUGUGGUUUGCAUUUUUUCUUUUCUAUUUGAGCAUUCAGGAAGAUGGCUGCAUGAUUGUUGGAGCGGACGGACUCACUUGUUUGCCAAAGACGUUUGUUUCCUGCCUUCUUUUCUGUCGACGUCUUUGUAUUGGCUGACGCAAUAAAAAUGUCCAGCCAAUCUCCCA